CAGGUGGCAGCCAAGAGCCUCCUGGCACAGCGGCACCAGGCAGGUGGCGCCUAUUGGACCCCAGAGCUCAUCCCAGCUCCAGACGUGGACACAUUUUCUUCCAAUGAUGUCUACAGAUGAGGAAACUGAGGCCUGGAGAGGUUAAAGAGACCCGUUCAGAGUCCUACAGUGGCAGGACUUGAGUGCUUGGUUUGCCUGAAGAAUGUUAUGUGUCUGUUCGGAAGAGAGAUUAGGACCUGCCACGAAGCUCAUGCCUAGAGGGGAGAGUAUUCCUGCAGAAUUCAGCGUAGGAAAGGAGGCCUCAGGCACCAGAAGUGUUUGAGAGCAGGAGAGUUCUCAGAAGAGAUUGCCUGGGAAAUGAGAGCAUCGCUGGGGUGAAGUCCCAGCAGCUGCGAGUGUUGAGGCUGCUGUGAGGUGGCCCAUGCUUAGGCUCUGUGUUCCUGGCCAGAGUGAGUCCACAGCACCGCAACAUCUGCAGGAGAUGAUGCUGGUGGAAGAAGUUUCCCAAGCCUUUGAAGGGAAAGACUGGUCUUCUGAGGACCUCUGCCCUCUACACAGCAGCCUCUUCAGGUGCAGGGAGGAAAUGGAAGCAUGUUCUAUGCUGGUUCCACCCCAGGCAUCUGUGUGCUUCGAGGAUGUGGCUAUGGCAUUCACACAGGAGGAGUGGGAACAGCUGGACCUGGCCCAGAGGACACUGUACCGAGAGGUGACACUGGAGACCUGGGAGCAUAUUGUCUCCCUGGGGCUUUUCCUUUCCAAAUCUGAUGUGAUCUCUCAGCUGGAGCAAGAAGAGGACCUGUGCAGGGCAGAGCAGGAGGCCCCCCGAGACGGAGUUUCGCUCUUGUUGCCCAGACUGGAGUGCAAUGGCACAAUCUCAGCUCACCACAACCUCCACCUCCCAGGUUCAAGUGAUUCUCCUGCCUCAGCCUCCCAAGGAGCUGGGAUUACAGGCAUGUCCACCAUGCCCGGCUAAUUUUUUGUAUUUUUAGUGGAGACAGAGUUUCACCAUGUUAGCCAGGAUGGUCUUGAUCUCCUGACCUCAUGAUCCGCCUGCCUCAGCCUCCCAAAGUGCUGGGAUUACAGGUGUGAGCCAUCACGCCUGGCCUUAAUUUUGUAUUUUUAUUAGAGAUGAGGUUUCUCCAUGUUGGUCAGGCUGGUCUCGAACUCCCGACCUCAGGUGAUCCACCCACCUCAGCCUCCCAAAGUGCCGGGAUUACGGGUAUGAGCCACUGCACCUGGCCAUUAAUUUUUGUAUUUUUAAUGGAGAUAGGGUUUCAUCAUGUUGCCCAGGCUAAUAGACUUUAUUUUUUAGAGCAGUUUUAGGUUUUAUAGGUAAGUUGACGAGAAAGUGCAGAGUUCCCACCCAUGUCUGCUGUCCUACACACACAUGCAGUCUCUCCUGCUGUUAACAACUUGGAUUUGUAUUGUACAUCUGUUACAAUCGGCAAACCUAUCUUGAGGCAUCCUUUUUUUUUUUCCCAGACAGAGUCUCACUCUGUCACCAGGCUGGAGUACAGUGGUGUGAUCUCAGCUCACUGCAACCUCCGCCCCCCAGGUUCAAGUGAUUUUCCUGCCUCAACCUCCCAACUAACUGGGACUACAGGCACGCACCACCACGCCCAGCUAAUUUUCGUAUUUUUAGUAGAGUUAGAGUUUCACCAUGUUGGCCAGGAUGGUCUCGAUCUCCUGACCUCAUGAUGCGCCCCCCUCAGCCUCCCAAAGUGCUGGGAUUACAGGCGUGAGCCACUACCCCUUGCCCUUGAGGCAUCAUUAUCACCCAAAGUCCAUAGUUUAUGAUAGAGUUCAUGCUUUUUUUUUUCUUUUUUUUUUUUUUUGAGACAGUGGUGCAGUCAUAGCUUAAGCCUUCUGGGCUUAAGUGAUCCUCCCACCUCUCUGCACCCCAGCCUCGGGUGCCACAGCCAUGCACCACCAUGCCUGGCUAAUUUAAAAAUUUUUUGUAGAGAUGGAGUGUCACUGUGUUGCCCAGGCUUGUCUUGAACUCCUGGGCUCAAGUGAUCCUCCCACCUCAGCCUCCCAAAGUGCUGGGAUUACAUGUAUGAGCCACUGCACCUGGCCAGGCUUCACUCCUGAUGUUGUAUAUUCUGUGCAUUUGGACAAAUGUACAAUGUCAUGUAUCCACCAUUAUAGUAUCAGACAGAGUAGUUCCACUACCCUAAAUAUCCUCUGUGCUCUACCCAUUCAUCCCUCCCUCAUCCCCAGCCCCUGGUGUUACUGGUGGAGGAUGUGCAGGUUCUUGGCAUUUUCAACAAAGAAUUGGACAAAAUGCAUAAAACAAUGAAAGAAUGAAGCAAAAAAAGCAUAGAUUUAUCAAAAUGAAAGUACACUCCACACAAUGGGAGUGGUCUGGAGCAAGCAGCUCAAGAGCACUGGUUACAGAAUUUUCUGGGGUUUAAAUCCCCUUGAGAGGUUUCCCAUUGGUUACUUGGUUUAUAUCCUCUGUAAAUGAAGUAGUGGCCCAUAACUAGUCUGAUUGGUUGCGGAAGGUGACCAACAGAGGCUGAAGUGAAGUUACAAAGUUAAACCUCUAUGCAGAUGAAAACUAGGCCAGUGACCAGUCUCAUUGGUUGCAGGAAGAGGUACUUUCCAUUUUUCAUCUGCGACACAGAAGGCGGGGGUUGCCUCUGAUCCUUUUGUUACUUGGGGCAUGGAAAGUUUGGGUUUUCCUUUUGAUUCAGUUCCAGGAAAUCAGCAUUAAUCACCCUUAGGUUUCCUGCCUCCAUACCCUGUUCUCCUACCUCAUUUCCCCCCGAAAGACAUGAUCCUCAUAAAUCUUUAUGGGAGGUAAAGGGAUUGAUAGUCUUUCUUCUGUAACUGCUUUAUUCUGACCUGAGGCACAGUCCCUACCUACUGGGGAAUCACAGGACUCUCUCCCCGCCCUGUCUAGUGGAGACAGGAUAGCUUCUUGAUGGCCAGGGGUGGUGUCUCCACCUGGAACUGGCUGGAAACAUUGUCACAUGAUCAUCUGAAGCUUGAUGGUCUCUAGGUGACAGGAAAUGAAUUUGGUUAAGAGAUUUAGCAAACAUGGUCCAAAAACCAAGGCAAGUAUAGUCAUUACUAAUGGGCUGGCCAGAGGAAGGAGCCAUGAACCCCAACUUAGCAUUUUUGACCAGGAUCCUCAUGACUCAGAUAGCUGCUGUUGUAUUUUAGAGGCCCAGUUGGGUAGUUUUUGGGUGGCAUUUGUUACUAAUCCUCAUUGUUUGGCAUAAAAACAGCAUUCUUCCUCUAGAAAAAGACCUAAGCCCCUCUUUGCAGCAGUUAGGAGAUCUCGUCCCCUUCUGUUUUGCAAAGCAACUGCUGCUGAGGCAUCUAUUUGAUUUCGUAUGGUGAUGAUACUUUGGCCAAUGUCUCUAUUUUUUUCUUUUUUACUUUGGGCAAUGUCAUUCAAGCUUUCCAUAAAAUCCUUGGAAAAGCAUUGAUAAUAGGAUAGGGAUGUUGCAACUCCGCUAACUCCCAUUCCCAGUCCUGCGGUUAUUUGUAGUCCUACCAAAAGGGAUGUGAGUUGGAUGGUUCAUUUGUGUCUGGCAAUUGCAGUUAAAGGUAUAAUGAGGGAUUGGUUCUUGGGAGCUAUAUUAAUUUCAGAGGCUAAAUAAACAAGUGUAAAGGUUCUAGUCCAAUUGGCUGGUAAACAUAAGUAAGAACUAGUUCCACACAGGAAAAAGGCUCCUACUUUUUCAAGACAAGAAUUUUCUAUGGUGAACAUGUGGGUUAGCUUGUUGUUUUCACUUUCCCAAGUGGUUAGGGUCCCUAUGAAGGUGGCGCCGGUUAAAGGCUGGAAAGGACCUUGGGAAAUAUUCUGAGUUGCCCCAGCAGUUCUUUUUUCCCAUUGGAGGUAAUUAGGCUUAGUGUCUACCAACAAGCAUCCAGAGGUGUUUCGUACUGGGGAACCAAAAGAUAACUAGAUGUCUGAGGAUUAGUGCAGUCUUCCCAAGGGAAAAUAUGAUCAUAGCUAGUGGGCUUACCUUGGCAGUACUUAGACUGUGUAUCCUUUGAAGUGUCCUUAUCUAGGGAUGGUUUUCAUGAAAACCAUACAGGUUUUCUAAAUGACACAGUCUGGGUAACUGCAUAGCUUAUGUAAUCAUGUGAGGGGUUAAUCUCUAGGGUGUAGUUACACUGAUGACUUUUCAGGGUUCCCAGGGCCUGACCAAAAUUUUGGCUUCUCUUAAUACAAAGUGGCACCUGGAAUUUUAGCUCUGUGUACAUUGAUAUUGGGCCCCAAAUGGGUUUCUGUGGGAUGCAACCCCAGAAAGGAUACUCUGAUAGUACUGGAGAAGGUUUACUGCUUGUCCUGUCAUUGUAGUUCAUGUUUUUUUUCCAAGGCCAAAGAUUGAGCUGGGAUCGGGGUGGUAGUGUAUUUGAAUGAUGCUGGAGAUAAACAAAGCCAACAGUCUUUGCCAGAGCUGGGCUGGUGGUAUUUAACUGUCUUUGAGUUAAAUGUAAAGUUUUUAAUAAAUACCCAGAAUCCAUUAAUUGCUGGAGGGGUAAAGUGAAGUUGUGUUGUAAAAUAAAGCUGAUUCCCAUUAUGCAUGGUCCUGUAUACACAGGCUGUGGGUGACCAUUAUGGAACCAAAAAAUACUUAUUUGUUAUUUUGUGCUAUAGAAUAGGAACUUCAGGGGUGGAUACCUAUGCUGUCAGGAAUGCUUGUUAUAAGAAUUAAUUAAAACCCUUUGUUUAAUUAUUACAAAGGAAGUUAUUCCAUUUGUUUAGAAGAAAGCAAUUAAAUUGUAGAAGUAUUACAAUGGCUACUAUUAUCCAGUUUAAAGUAACUAAGCAACAAAGACACCAAGGAAAGUUGGUAGGCUUUUACUUACCUUUUGGCUGUCUUUUAAACAGGUACUUCAGGUCUUUCACAAGUUCACAGGUGUAGUGGCUGAUGGGAGCUUCAGGUUCCAGGUCUGGGACUUCACAUAACACAGGCUUGACACCAGAAAGAUGUAUCCAACUAUCUAAUCCUAGUACUUUGACCCCAGGAGGCAUGGCCAGUACCAUUGAAAAUGGUCCCUUCCACUUUGAUUGUAAUUAUUGAGCAGGUGAUCCCUCCUUCUGUGUUUUAACAAGUACCUUGUCUGUUGGCCUGAUUUUGGGUUGGUGGUUAGUUCCUGGUGUGGGGAGCUUUUGAGUUCCAAACUUUUGUAAAGCCUGCUGAAAUAAUCCCAGGUUAACUAGGUAUUUUACUAAACUGGAUGUUUCUGGAUCAGAGAUUAGAUCAUUAGUUAAAAAUGGCCUUUUGUAUAACAUUUGUGUGGGCUCAUAAUAAUUUUUUCUCUAGGGGAAUUAUGGAUUCUUAAGAGGGCUAUGGGCAGUAAGCAGAUCCAAGUUUCUGAUGUUUCCUGACAUAGGAACUCCUGUUUUAGAGUUAGCUAAGCUCUUUCCACUUUUUAGGAGGAUUGAGGUCUCCAUGCUGAAUGUAAAUAAUAGUUGAUUCUGAGAACCUUAGCAACCCCUUGAGUUAUUUAGGAGACAAAAGAUGGGCUGUUAUCACUUUGGAGGCUUUGAGGUAACCCAAACCAGGGGAUUAUUUCCUUUAAGAGAACCUUUAUAACUUCAUUAAACUUCUCUGUUCUGGUAGGGUGCGCUUGAACCCAGCCAAUAAAGGUGUCUGUUAGUACUGGCAGAAACUUUUAUCCUUUGCAAGCUGGCAUAUCAGUGAGGUCUAAUUGCCAGUCUUCCCCUUUAGCUUUAGCCAAUAUAUUCACACACAGAAUCCCUUCUACAAUUAAUUUUUCAUAAACCUUCUACAACUUGUCUUUUAACCCUCCAAACUUUGGCAAGAAAUCCACAUUCUCAUGCCUUUUACCAAAAGUACAUUCUACUUUUUUUACAUGCAUCCUUUUCACGACUUACACAGACCUUCUAUGACAUGCCUGGACUUUCUGACUUGUCCUAAACAUCCCUCUUUUUAAACAACCAUUCAUUUAACUUUAGGACAAGAAUUUACCAUACAGGAUCCUGUCUUAUACAAAAUUAUUAUUGCUACAUCCUUCCCUACCAAGAAUACAUCUUCAUAUACAUAACUUUCUUCACCUCUCUCUCCCGUACUUACUGGUUUCUUACUACCUUGUUUCAUAAAUAACCCUUUUUUUUAAGUCAACAACCUGAAUCAACCUUUAGACAACCUCUGAACUACACAAAAUCAUUUCUUUCUUACCAGUAGCACAUCUUUUUUGGCAUCUUUUGUAUACAGAAUCAUUUGUUAACUAGAAUUCUUAUCCUUAGUAACCGUAAAUUUUAGUGAAACCCUAAAAAGCAAGAAAUCCUGAACUAUUAGAUAUGAGCAUUUUAUAGAUGAGAAGAAUUCCACAACUUUUAGAAACAUAUUUCCCCAUAGCAUAAUCCUUCCUUUUUAUUUAUUUAUUAUCAUUAUUUUUUUGAGACGGAGCCUUGCUCUGUCACCAGGCUAGAAUGCAGUGGCACAAUCUCGGCUCACUGCAACCUCUGACUCCCUGGUUCAAGCAAUUCUCCAGCCUCAACCUCCCGAGUAGCUGGGAUUACAGGCACGUGCCGCCACACCCAGCUCACUUUUAUAUUUUUAGUAGAGACGGGGUUUCACCAAGUUGGCCAGGAUGGGCUCGAUUUCCUGACCUUGUGAUCCACCCACCUUGGCCUCCCAGAGUGCUGGGAUUAUAGGCGUGAGCCACCGCACCCAACCCAUAAUCCUUUCUUAAUUGGAAAUGACCCAGAUAUCCAAUGAACAUCAAAAACAAUUUUAAGAUUUUAAAUUACACAAAGAGUUUACCUAAAACAUUUAUCCCAAUUUCAUUUACUCAAUUCUUUCAUUUUAACAUUUUAUCUAGAUUACUUCUGAAAACUAAGAUAGUAGACACCAUCCUCUAAAGUUAUUUCCUUGUUAGCCAUUUUUUUAUUACCAACGAAUAUCAUUUGCUCACUGAAAAAAAGCCUCAAAGUUAAAUACACAGGUAUUUUUGCUAAUAACUCAGAAGAUUCAGCUAACAACAUUAAAUUAGUCUCAUUUGUUUAUUUAUUUUUUGAGACAGAGCCUUGCUCUUUUGCCCAGGCUGGAGUACAGAGGCACAGUCUCAGCUCACUGCAACCUUCAUCUCCUGGGUUCAUGUGAUUCUCCUGCAUCAGCCUCCUGAGUAGCUGGGACAACAGGCAUGCACCACCACGUCCAGUUAAUUUUUUUUAUUUUUAGUAGAGAUGGGUUUCACUGUGUUAGCCAAGCUGGUCUCGAACUCCUGACCUCGGGUGAUCUGCCCACCUUGGCCUCCCAAAGUGCUGGGAUUGCAGGCACUGGCCACCAUGCCCGGCCAAACUAGUCUCAUUUGUCAAAGAAAGCAUACAAACCAGGACCAUUUUUUGUUUUGGCUGGGUUAAUACCUUUAUAACCUUCUGUGCCAAACACUGACACCUUAAAAUAUCUUGCAAAGACAAAUACAAAACCAUAUAUGUUGACAAUUCUGAAGACAUUUCUAUUUUCAUUUUACCAAUAAUUUUAAAGCCAGCUUCUUCAGUAAAGAUUUACUUAAGUCGGCUGGGCGCGGUGGCUCACGCCUGUAAUCCCAGGCAGGCGGAUCACGAGGUCAGGAGAUCAAGACCAUCCUGGCUAACAUGGUGAAACCCCAUCUCUACUAAAAAUACAAAAAAUUAGCCAGGCCUGGUGGUGGGCACCUGUAGUCCCAGCUACUUGAGAGGCUGAGGCAGGAGAAUGGCAUGAACCCCGGAGGCAUAGCUUGCAGUAAGCUGAUAUCACGACACUGCACUCCAGCCUGGGUGACAGAACGAGACUCCAUCUCAAAAAAAAAAAAAAAAAAAAAGGAA